AUGGCCGAAGUGUACGUCCGAGUGGCCGAGGAGGAGAACGAGGAGCCAAUGGAGAUCCCGUCUGAGGACGACGGCACCGUUCUGCUGUCGACGGUGUCGGCCCAGUUCCCUGGAGCGUGCGGCCUCCGGUUCAGGAGUCCCGUGUCCCAGUGCAUGCGUGGCGUGCGGAUCGUCGAGGGCGUCCUGCACGCCCCGGAGACUGGCUGGGGGAACAUGGUGUACGUGGUCAACUACCCGAAAGACAACAAAAGGAAAAUGGAAGAAAUCGAUGCCUCAUCAGCUGUGAAAAUGAAGCGGGGAGACAUGAAGACAUCUGACCUGAUCGUGUUGGGUCUUCCUUGGAAAACUACAGAACAAGACCUGAAGGAUUACUUCAGCACUUUUGGCGAAGUCAUCAUGGUACAGGUAAAACGAGAUGGCAGGUCAGGAAACUCCAAAGGGUUUGGCUUUGUGCGGUUCACGGAGUACGAAUCGCAAGAAAAAGUCAUCGCCCAGCGCCACAUGAUUGACGGCAGAUGGUGCGACUGCAAGUUCCCCAAUUCCAAGGUGAAUAUGGUAAUAUCCUCGCAAGAACAACACUCCAUGGCAACACAUUUAAUGGUGUUGAGCACCAGUUUUUCUAAGAUGGUACUAAUGUUGUCUUCACAGCAAGGCCCAGACGAGCCGCUAAGGAGCCGUAAAGUGUUCGUGGGACGUUGCACGGAAGACAUGACCACCGACGAACUGAGGCAGUUCUUCAUGCAGUAUGGAGAAGUCACAGACGUCUUCAUCCCCAAGCCGUUCCGUGCAUUUGCCUUUGUCACGUUUGCCGAUGAUCAGGUUGCUCAAUCUCUAUGCGGUGAAGACUUGAUCAUCAAAGGCGUGAGUGUCCACAUCUCAAACGCAGAGCCCAAACAUGGCAACAGGCAGUUUGACCGCACCGGGCGUUUCGGAAACGGCUUCGGUGCCCAGGCAUUCGGGGGCAGCCGUAGCGGCAUGGGGAGCGGCGGCAACAGUAACAUGGCCAAUUUCGGUUCCUUCAACCUGAACCCGGCAAUGAUGGCGGCAGCGCAGGCGGCCCUGCAGAGCAGUUGGGGGAUGAUGGGCAUGCUGGCCAGCCAACAGCAGUCAUCCUCGUCGGGCAGUGGCACCAGCGGCACCAGCUCCAGUCGAGACCAGAGUCAGUCGUUCAGCGCCGGCAACAGCAACUACGGCGCCGGCUCGGCCAGCCUGGGCUGGGGUGCGGGCGCAAACUCCACCAGUGGCGGUAGUGGGUUUAGCUCAGGGUUUGGGUCCAGCAUGGAGUCAAAGUCGUCUGGGUGGGGUAUGUAAAAAAAGCAAAGCGUGUAUGUGUGGUAAGUAUUGUGAGAAAGAGUCUUUUAACACAUUUAUUUUGGGUGUCUGCGUAUCGGAACAACACUUUGGAAGAUGUUUUGUACGUUGGGAGAAAAGAAAGCGAAUUUUAUUCAGAGCAGGGGUGUCCAAACUGCUGUCCGUUGGUUUUUAUUUAUUUUUUGUGGGCUAUGGUGUACACUAACAUUAAGAAUUGACACAAAUAGUUUUUUGUUGUUGUUUUUUUUAUACGAGUUUCUUCACUGGCUGUCAAGGCGUCAGGGAAAAAAAUCUGUUCUCAUCUCUUGUUUUCCACCAAUCACACGUCAUUAAUAUGUGCCUCAGAAUGUCAGCUGGUUGCUCCGCUUUCUGGUCUGUGUCAAUACUGGGGCGGAUUUAUUCUCGUGGACUUCAGGGCCACCGACCACUCAAAAGUCCUGGACGCUUUUAUUCAUCACCCAUUGGCUCUUCCACCCUUCAAUUUUUCUGCACAGCAACCCCUUGGAAGUUAAGUUUGGACACCCCUAAUGUAUCGAUCCGUGCCGAAAAUGACCCCCCCCCACCCCACCCAUCUCCUUGAUAUCAAUUUUAACUGGAUUCUCUCAUGCAUUUAUUGUGUAAUGUAAUGAUUUGAGUUGAAGAAAGAAAUAUGCAUGUUUGUUGCCAUUAUCUUGCUACGUUCUAAUUUUGAGGCAAUAUUGCAUUGAGGAGAAUCUGGUUGAAAAGUUUACCUGUUGUUUUUUUUUGACAGUGCAACUUUUAUUUGCAGUCAAAAAUGGACAAAAGCCUUCAUUGAAAUCUCUUCUGCAGUUGACCUCUCUUCCGUUUUCCUGCAAGGAAGCUCCAAUAUGGCAGCAUUGUCGCAGGGGCGAUAAGUGCUAUCACUCUCCCUCUUCCCGCCCGUGUAAAUGCUUUGCCAUCAAACAACGGCUUCACUCCGCAUGUUCUCAUGAGACGGUGGGUGUGUUUUCACUUUUUAAGAAAAGAAAUCCACUUAUGAUUGGAGAGCGAUCUGCGCAAGUGACGUUUUUGGAUGCGGGGGGAAUCUGAUGAGUGCGGAUGGCUUGUGGCGAAGAAUGGAGCGGUUGGUGAGUGAGCGGACUGAGGACUGCUUGUGCGGUGAACGAGCCCCCCAAAAUGUGACUGAUUUUUCUAUGAAUGUGUGAGUGGAAGCAGCGGAUGCUACAAGCGCCUCCCAUCCCCUUGAACGUGGACAUCUUUAUGAUGAGUGUGUCAAAAGAUUGUUUUUUUUUUCUUUUUAAUCUCUGCAAGAUUUUCCAUUUACUCUUAAUGUGUCGACAUGACAAUGUAGUGUGGAGUGUUGUGCUCUUUGUAAUGCUUCUAUAAUCUGAUUUGAAUGCCGUAUGGUGUGUGUGCUGUUCCUUGUUCCUGAACUGAUCUGUACGUGUGCAGUUGAUGUGGAUGACUCGGACUGAUGAAACCCUGGUAGGGACACACGUGUGAUGUGAGAAGAUGGAGCGGUGUCCUAUUGGUCGCCCCUCAUCCUCCCUUUUUAUUAUAGACUAUUGAUGUUUGUCAGGUGUUUGGAUAAAUAUUUUAAAUGAAGGGAACUGUCUAAUAAAGUUCAUCUGAAUAGAUUUAGUUGAUGUGACUUGCAGGGGAAAGAAACUAAUUCAAUUCACACAUCUAGGGACCUUGGGCUCCGCUGGUCGAGGUCUCCAUUUGAACCCCGACUGAAGGACGAAGACGGAAGUUCCAACAAUUUGAGUGUGUGGCCUUCUCAGACACGGGGUAGUACCUGUCUUUUUUGCUCACUUUUUAGAGAUUUUGAUGAAAAGCUGUGAGUGUUUGGAUAAAAUGGUCUUUGCUUCCAUACUCUUUUGGUGAUUGAAUGACUGACUGCCUGUCAGAUGUCACAUCUGUGAAACAGUCGCAGUGUUACUGCACUUUUGUAGAAAGCUUACAAAGUCGAGUAUGGCUACUUGACUCGAGCUGGUACCAAUGCAAGGCAAAUGGGUUUACACUGCCAAGUUCACGUGCCCAGUUCCAAUUAAAUGCCCAUAUGCGUUUGUUGUGCAUUUCAGGUAACACAUAAUAUGGCUUUGUUUAGACUGAUUGAACAUGCAGGCCAAAUCUGAUUUCUUCAAGUCGUGACAACCCUCCCUAUUGCUUUCAAUUUGGGUAACCCUCCACACUGGCCGCUCUCUGUAAUACCACUUGUUUAAUUUGACACUCCUUAUGUCGCAUUUUGUGUAUGCUUUUGUUAUCCGUAUUUCUGUAGGCAUGACAAUGAUCUCAAAAUAGGGAAUUUCAUUCGGAAAGCCUCCAUUUACACUGCCAAUUCUGCCACCCGACAGCGAAAACAAACAUUGGAAUUGUCUCACUUGAACUAUGCAGUGCACAUCCCGCGUUACAACCUCAAUAUGACUGAAGUGAAUAUUUGACGUUUAUUUAUAUUUGUGGCAAGAGUGAGGAGUAAGGAGGCGCCUGUGCCUUAUUCUCUGCUUUGUUCUUCCUCUUCUUUUUCAAAGACUUCUGUUCCUUUUCCACUUCUUCGCUUUUCCUCUGUAUGUGCAGUGACUGAAAUAAAGGGGAAUCAAACAAGAAA